AAGUGAAGGCUGCUUGCUUCAGUUCUCGAUCGUACGUGGAAGUUGCUAGAAUCUCUUCGCUUCGCGGCGUCGACAAAUAAAAGUGCCCCAAGGCGAGAACGGUGGUGAUAGCCAUGUGGCUGACAAGGUCAAGCGUCCUGGCGCUGGUGCUGGCGGCGGUCGCCGUUUCGGCACAAAAUGCAACUACUGGACCCAAGGUGCUUUGCUACUAUGAAGGAAAGAAUGCCGCCAGAGAAGGUCUGGCCAAAGUAACCGUACCCGAUAUUGAGUUGGCCUUGCCCUUCUGUACUCAUCUGAUCUAUGGUUAUGCCGGUAUCGACCCGGCCACUUACCGUAUACGCACGCCCGUCGCCAACCUAGACCUGGACGAAGGUUUGGGUCAGUACCGGAUGGUGACGACACUGAAGAAACGUUAUCCGGGCCUACGGGUAUACCUGAGCCUCGGUGGCAACACAGAUCUGACGGAGGAGAAACCGUUCGAAAAGUACUUGAACCUGUUGGAAUCGGCCGGCUCACGAACGGCCUUCAUUAACAGUGCGUACACGCUGAUCAAGACGUACGGUUUCGAUGGCCUCGACCUUGCGUGGCAGUUCCCCCAGACCAAACCGAAGCGCAUUCGUGGACUGCCCGGUAAGCUGUGGCACGGAUUCAAGAAGCUGUUCACCGGCGACAGCAUUCUCGAUGCGAAGGCGGACGAGCAUCGCGAGGAGUUUACCGCGCUUGUUCGUGAUCUGAAGAACGCGUUCGCACCCGACAAGUUCCAGCUGGGCUACACGCAGCUGCCGCACGUCAAUGAGUCCAUCUUCCUGGACAUUCCACUGUUGAAGGACAACCUGGAGUACAUCAACAUUGCCGCGUACGAUCAGCAAACGCCGGAUCGAAACCCGAAGGAAGGGGACUAUAGUGCUCCGAUCUACGAACCGACCGAUCGCGUUGUCGGGAACAAUGUGCACGCCAAGGUGAAGGCGUGGUCCGUAGCUGGAACCCCGUUGGAGAAGAUUGUCGUCGGUAUCGCCACGUACGGUCGCGGAUGGAAAUUGGAUGAGGAUUCGGGCAUCACGGGCACACCACCGAUUCCUGCCGAUGGCCCUGCGCCUCCUGGUCCGCAUACCGGAGCGGCGGGCACCUACAGCUACGGUGAAGUGUGCUCUAUGCUGCCCAACCCAAGCAAUGCCGUUUCCAAGGGAGCUGAUUAUCCGUUGCGCAAGGUGAACGAUCCGACGAAGCGCUUCGGUCCGUACGCAUUCCGUAUCCCGGACGAGAGCGGAAAGCACGGUAUUUGGGUGUCUUACGAAGAUCCGGAAAGUGCCGGUAACAAGGCUGCCUACGUGAAGGCGAAGGGAUUGGGUGGCAUCUCGAUCAAUGAUCUGGCGGCCGAUGAUUUCCGUGGCACAUGUUCCGGCGACAAGUUCCCCAUUCUGCGUGCGGCCAAGUAUCGACUGUGAAGGAUGGAGUGCACGAUUGUACGAAUUAGACAAUAGCCCAGCUCGUUCGCUGGACUGAACGUAACAUUCAAUUAAGAUUACCAAAAUAAAACGAUAUGAAUCCGUUUCUACAAAAUAACAAGCGAGUCUUUUUUUU